AUGACGACCGAAAUCACGAAAUACGUUGAAUCCUGCAGUAUUUGUCAAAGCCAACAACGUUCUCAACCGAAAGAGCCAAUUAUUAUCAAAAAGAUUCCUAAGCUGCCCUGGGAGAUAAUUGCAGUAGAUAUAUUUUAUUUUAAAACUAAUGAAUAUCUUCUCGUUGCAGAUAGCUACUCCGGUUACUUUGAUUUUGUUAAGUUAAAGCAAUCAUCCAGCGCAGAAGUCAUACUCCAACUCAAAAAGAUGUUUGCCAUCCAUGGGAUACCGUUUAUCUUGGAAUCGGACAAUUGUCCCCAAUUUUCCUCCAAAGAGUUUAAAGCAUUUGCCAAAAAUUGGGACUUUACUCUUCAGACCUCAAGCCCGAGGUAUCCAAAAUCCAACGGUCUUGCCGAGAGGUUCGUCCAGGUGGCAAAAUCCCUACUUAAAAAGUGCCACAAAGACCAGUCAGACGUUUAUCUUGCUCUACUCAACUACCGCAACACAUCUCGAAGCAACGAUUUGUUAUCGCCCAAUCAACGUUUGAUGAGCCGAAGAACCAGAACAAAUAUACCAUCCAGUGAACAUUCGCUUAAACCUAAGGUUGUACAAAACUUACAACAGAACCUCAUUGAAGCCCGGAACAGAAGCAAGUUCCAUGCUGAUAAAGGAAGUCACCAAAAACAACCCUUGUAA